AUGAAAUCGACGCCAGUCGAACGUGAAUUUCGUAAUGCAUCACUCCAACUACUAAAGAGAUUUAAUGUGAUCUCAGAUAUAUGCUGGACACGAUUUCAUCGAGGUACUUCACAGUUGUUGAUUUGUGUAGUUGUUUGUAUACUAUUUCUGCAUUCAAAGGCAAAUCUGGAUAAUCGCAAAGUGCUGUUGGUUGACUGUGAUGAGUCUGGUACUGGUUAUAACUAUUACAGGAAAAGAGAAAGCGUUCAGGUUUACCGAGUUUAA